CCGUUUCUGGUCCAAGAACUUCCCUAAAAGUGUGGUUUCAAUUUUAUGGAAAGCCUUUGAAAUUUGGCACAGCUUCCAAAAGUAUGUAGGAAAAAAAAAGUCUGCCAGAGGUUUGGCCUCCAACUGUGAAAACAGACACUGCCUUUUCAAACUCCUCUCCUAGAUCUACUGACCAACACCCAGAAGAGAGAACUUACAUUCUUUUAGAAUACAACAGGAGAAUGAAGACCCGGCUAAAAAUCAUAUUUGGCGUGGUUAUAUGCCUUUUGCUUUCCUUAUUGCUUAUGUGUAUUAUACUCCUUCCAUCAAGAGUUGUCAACACAGAUGAUGGUCCCAGAGCUCUUACAUUGGAGGAUUAUUUGAAUGGAAACUUCCAAUAUAAAACAUUUUUUCCAUAUUGGGUGUCAGAUAAUGAAUAUCUUCACCAGUCUGCAGAAGACGAUAUUAUUCUUUACAAUGUUGAAAUUAAUUAUGCAACCACCAUCAUGACAAACAGCACAAUGAAACAAGUUAAUGCUUCAAAUUAUGUGAUGUCAUCAGACCAAUAUUUCAUAGCUCUGGAAAGCAAUUAUUCAAAGCUGUGGAGAUACUCUUAUACAGCAUCAUAUCACAUUUAUGAUCUCAUAAAUGGUGGUUUUGUAACAGAAAAUCAGCUUCCACAUAAAAUUCAGUAUAUAUCCUGGUCACCCGUUGGACACAAAUUGGUAUAUGUAUAUCAGAAUGAUAUCUAUUUGAAACAAAGUCCCAGAGAGGCACCAAUUAAAAUAACUAGUGAUGGAAAACAGAAUGAAAUAUUUAAUGGGAUUCCUGACUGGGUCUAUGAAGAGGAGAUGCUAGCAACAAAAUAUGCACUGUGGUGGUCUCCAAGUGGAAGAUAUUUAGCAUACGUACAAUUUAAUGAUUCUGACAUACCAGUUAUUGAAUAUUCAUAUUUUGGUGAGGACCAGUAUCCUAGAAAAAUAACUAUCCCAUACCCAAAGGCUGGAGCUAAAAAUCCUACUGUUAAAGUGUUUAUUGUAGACACUAUUAACCCUGACGCAUUUGGUCCUAAGGAGAUGCCAGUUCCUGCAGUCAUAGCAUCCAGUGAUCACUAUUUUACUUGGCUUACUUGGGUAACAGAUACUCGAAUCUGUGUGCAGUGGCUGAAGAGAAUACAGAAUUUUUCAGUCUUAGCUAUCUGUGACUUCAAAGAGCAUUCAAAUACUUGGGAUUGUCCAGAGAAUCAACAGCACAUAGAAGAGAGUCAAACAGGAUGGGCAGGCGGAUUCUUUGUUUCUGCACCAUAUUUUACAUCAGACAGCAGUUCAUACUACAAAAUUUUUAGUGACAAAAAUGGUUAUAAGCACAUUCAUUACAUCAAUGGCUCUGUGGAGAAUGCAAUCCAAGUUACAAGUGGAGAAUGGGAGGCAAUAUAUAUUUUCAGAGUAACAAAUGAUGCAAUUUUCUAUUCAAGCAAUGAAUUUGAAGGCUAUCCAGGAAGAAGGAAUAUUUACAAAAUUAGCACUGGAAGUAAACCUAUGAGAAAACAAUGCAUUACUUGCAAUUUAAGGAAAGAGAGAUGUCAGUAUUAUACAGCAAGAUUCAGUGAACGUUCUACGUAUUAUGCCUUGAUCUGUUAUGGUCCUGGGAUUCCCAUUUCUACUCUUUUUGAGAAUCGUGGUGAUAGAGAACUUAGAGUAUUGGAAGACAAUUGGGAAUUGCAGUCUGCUUUGCAAGAGAUCAAACUGCCAAAAGAAGAAAUUAAUAAGCUUGAAGUGGAUGGUAUAACUCUGUGGUACAAAAUGCUUCUACCUCCACAGUUCGACAGAUCAAAGAAGUACCCUCUGCUUAUUCAGGUGUAUGGAGGACCUUGCAGUCAGAAUGUAAAGGAAACCUUUAGCAUUAGCUGGAUAACCUAUCUUUCAAGCAAAGAGGGAAUUAUUGUUGCUCUGGUAGAUGGCAGAGGGACAGCUUAUCAAGGUGACAAGAUUUUGCAUGCAGUAUAUCGAAGACUUGGAGUUUAUGAAGUUGAGGACCAAAUCUCAGCAGUUAAAAAAUUUAUAGAAAUGGGCUUUAUUGAUGAGAAACGAAUAGCAAUAUGGGGCUGGUCCUAUGGUGGCUAUGUAAGUUCUCUGGCACUUGGAUCUGGCAGUGGAGUAUUUAAAUGUGGAAUGGCUGUGGCUCCUGUUUCUAGCUGGGAAUAUUACGCAUCAAUCUACACAGAACGAUUUAUGGGUCUUCCUAUAAAGUCCGAUAAUCUUGAGCACUAUAAGAAUUCAACUGUGAUGGCAAGAGCAAAGAAUUUCCAAAACGUAGAGUAUCUUCUCAUCCAUGGAACAGCAGAUGAUAAUGUACAUUUUCAGAACUCAGCACAAAUUGCAAAAGCUCUGGUUAAUGCACAGGUGGAUUUCCAGGCAAUGUGGUAUACUGAUCAGAACCAUGGAAUUCCAGGCCUUUCCAGCAAACAUCUCUACACACAUAUGACCCACUUCCUCAAGCAAUGUUUUUCUUUGUCAGAAUAAGUAAGCUACUCAGAGCAUGCUAAGGCAUCUGAGACAUCUCUGGGAGAAUGAAAUGACAGCAGUGCCCAAGUUGUAUAGUUUUCAGGUGAAUUGAUCACAGGAACUUUGAAAUUUUUAACUUGAUGUUUACAUCCACUUUUGAUAUUGUAUAUUAGUAAAGGUUAUGGUAACAAAUGUUUUUACACAUUUGGUACUUGUUUGACGGAAAAAAUAA